CGCGCGUCAAAAAACCCGCGAUCUCGAACUUUUUCUUAGUGAAACAAGUCACCACUGACAUUCACUGCAUCGAUUGAUUUACACAGCAGUGUGUUCAUCCAUUGUGGGUGAAACCAAUUUCCACCGUGUUGUCCGAAGAAUGAAUCUGCUGCCCACCCUCGUGGUGGUGGUGGCCGUAGGUUUGGUGAACCUCAUCUCCGCGCAAGACUGCAAUGCCCAAGAGGACGAAUACGGGCAGGGCAUCGUGAUCUACAGCCAGGACCAGCUGGAUGCCUUGACGCGCAACUGCACCAGGUUGUACGGGGACUUGGUGGUGGGCUCCAAUUACACGGGCUCGUUUAUCAUGCACAACCUGACCAAUCUCACCUCGAGUAUCUCCGUGCUCAACAGCACGACCGGUCUGACGUCGCUUGAAGCCCCGGACCUCGUGACCAUCUAUGGCGCGGAGUUCACCUACCCUUCGUCCCUCCAGUCAAUCUCGCUGCCGCGGCUAGAGACGGCGGUUUUCAUCACCAUUGAGGGCCGCAGCCCGAUCACCGUGUCGAUCCCGAAUCUGCGCAAUGUGAGCUACCUGGACCUGUCCGGGAGCAGUAUCAAUGCCAAUCUCUCCAGCCUGGAGCAGAUCACGACGGGCUCGUCGAUCUGCGGCGAGGCCGGCUGCGACAAGCGGUCGAGUUCGCAGAUGCACAUCGACCUGCCCGCGCUGCGGGGGGCGGCCAGCCUCUCGGUGGGCGGGAAUAUCUCCAGUCUGUCUUUACCCGUGCUCGCCUCCGCCGGCAACAUCAGCCAAGCGCAAACCACCGGCUACGGCGACUACAGCGCCGGCCUGGCCGUGCACUCGUCGCAACUCCUCAACUUCUCCGUGCCCGCCCUGAACUUCCUCAACGGGACCCUCUCGCUGCGUGGCGCAUUCGACAGUAUAUCGGCCCCAUCUCUGAAAAACGCAACCGGCGACAUCGCACUCGAAGCCUGGUACCCGCUAGCAGUUAAUCUGUCGUCGCUGCAGGUCGCUGACGACAUCACUCUCAUCGGCGCCAUCAGCAGCACGGACUUCUCCUCCUUAAAACAAGUCAACAAGUUCUCCGUCGACAGCACGCGCCACCUGAACUGCGACAAAGUCCUCCCAUCCAACGCAAGCUUCGUGCACGCGCACUGCAACUCAGCGCCGCAGAAGAAGUCCGCGCUGGCCCGGAACAUUGGGAUCGGCGUGGGCGUGGGCCUCGGCGCCUCGAUGCUGCUGGCCGUGGCCGGGAUCUGCAUCUACCGUCGGCGACAGAAGCGGACGAAGAAGCGCAAGGACAAGCAGGCUGUCGGGGCCGGGGCGGGCGAGGAGAGCACGCAUGAGCUGCAGCCGGUCGGUCGCGAGGGCGAGGAGGGCCAGGGCCAGAGCCGAGACGGCAGUGAGCGAGCGGGAGAGCAAGCCCCUACUACCGCUGCUACUCAACCGUCAGCCGCCGGGGUACCAGCCGAGCCUCCGCCGCCUUAUUCGCGGUACUGACCGCCGUCUGCAUCCAUCCAGCAUUCGAUUCUGUUUAUAGACUUCCUUUUAAUCACUGUACAUACUACCACUUACAUACUAC